CCAGAUUCCCCUCUCUGUCCUUGACGCACUUCGACGCGUGCCCGUUGCACUUGCACCGUCCUCCGACCUGCAGGUCGGACACUGCGUAAAAGUAGGAGUCUCGGGCCAGCUCCGAGUCGUCCUCGUUCUCGUCCCCGAACGUGUGCAGCCGGCUGAAGAUCACCUUGAUGUCGGUGGCCGUCACCCAGUCCUGCAGCACCGGGGAGUUGUCGAAGUCGUGCGCCGACGGCCGUCCGUCCAGGGUGCUGAAGGCGAUCAGCCCCCCCGUCAGGGGGUGCAUGUCGGUGUGGGAGUCCGUGCAGAUCGCCUCCUGCUCGUUCUGCUUGGUGAUGACCGCCUUGUUCUGGCGGUUGUACAUCUUCUUGCACUGAGUGGAGUAAUACUGAAACGGCACCCAGGAUUUGCCGUAGUCCAUGGACUUGUAGAUGGCCAUGGACUCCGGUCUGGGGGAGCAGAACUGCAGAGAAACCUGGUGUUGGUGCAAUCAAGAAUUCAAAGCUACAUGUGUGUUGAGAAGAGGACAGACCCGCGGAGAAAACCCACCCGUUAAUCAUCAUUAAGUUGCUUGUCAAGUGCAGAGCUGUGGACCAGCGUGCACGUGACACAUCAGCUCAUGAUGAAUUGAGAAGUCCGACUGCAGCAGCGAGCCCUCCUGCCAGCCAACCUCAGCAGCCGCUGUUAUAUUUGUCUACGGCAGGGCAAGACAAAGCAGCCUGACGCCACACAAUGGAUCAACACCUGCUUCCUCUGCGGACAAUUGAUGGACUUCUCUGCUGAAGUGGGAUAUUCAAGACGAUGGAGCAGAGCUCGUGCACCGAGGAUCGCAUCCAGCACGUCCUGGAACGCUGUCUCUGUCAUCUGGGCCUGGAUGCUCCUGACAAACAACUCUGGAAAGCUGGACUGUGCAUUAGCCGCUGGUGUUUGGAGGAACUAGUGAAGAGAGAUCCUCACAACUUCCUCAUACUUCUACAGAAAAUACUGAGGAAAACAACCGAGGUGCUGGAGGAGUGUCAGUAUGAGCUGGUGGUGCCUCUUACUCUCCUGUUCUCUUCAGCUCUUCUUAAAAUUCCUUACGUGGCUCCAGACUGCAAUGUGCUGCAGGAGGCCUACCUGCUCUUCCAGAGAUUCCUGUCCUGGCCGGAGCCUUGCAGCUCCGCCUGCAAACGCCUGCUGAAGACAAUCCAGCAGGAGCUCCGAGCACCAGGUAUUUCGUUUCAACGACUGCUUAUGACAGAGCAAGGCAUCUCCCAGGGCACUCACUCCUCUAAAAGCAUAAUGAUUCUGUUGGUGAGUCCAGAUCAUGACAACCCUCCUGAGGUUGAGCUGGCAUCUGAGCAGCUGAGCACCGCCCAUCGUUCCAGCAGAGACGUCACCAUUACGCUGAUCCUGCACGGCUUUCAGGCCGUUCUGGGCACCAAACAUGACCUCCGUGCACUCCACACUGCCCUCCUGAGAAAGCAGCCCGAGGAGCUGGAUCAACUCCUGAAGGCAGUGACUGAUGCCAUGGAGACCGCAGCCUCUGCAGAGAAUCACAGGACAGCCAGAGUAGAGCUUUUCCACAGCAUGGAGAAGCUCAGAGAAGGCCUAGCUGUUCCUGUGAAUGGCUGCCUUGAGAGAGGGGCCAUGGAGACGUUUGCACUACCCAUCCCUAAAUGCCAUACAUGCUCCUGGGAGACUGAAAACUUUGAUAUACUGAAAGAAAUUCUUGGGAUUGAUUCUGACCUGGAGGAGACUCCAGACUGUUUUCUCAGACCAGGAAUAGAUGAGGAUGAUCAUAUUGACCCUGGCAUAGAUGAUGAAGAUGAGCUAGACUCUAACAAAGUGGACAACGAACUGCAAAGCCAUCGCAUCUCUAGUGCAUCUUCAUCCUCAAGGGAUUCUACAUUUUCCAGCACCUCUCUCUCCUCCAGUUGGUCCGUACCAUCUGGCUCAUCAGGUGUGGAAAGUGACUUCAGUGAAGACAUGCUGCACAGGGACACAGAGGAGGGCCACGACAGCCAACCAAAACCUCGAAAGAAACCAAAGAAGAAGUCCAAAUCCCUCUUAGGCAUCGAACGCUUUUUGGUUUUCAAGACCCCCCGCAGUCCCAGCAAUUGCCGCCGGGUCCAGAGCAUGGGUUUCCAAGGUGAUGUCAGCAAAGACUUUCAAAAGAAAGGGUCACAGCUCAAGCAAUCCAGGUCGCUCCUAAGACAAGAUCAACCUCUUUCCCCCCAGAAGCACGUGUGCAUCCGCAGGAGGCCGAUCCUGAGCUGCAACGAGGACGAUGUGGCGGAAACACCGACCCUGGUCAAGGUGGUGGUCUUUGGAGGUGACCGAGAGGCCGGGAGGCUUGCCAGAGCAUACAGUGACCUGCAGCAGAAAGAGAGUAAAUGCCCCCAGCUCACCAGAAUGUGCAAACUGCAGUUUUACUUUGUUCCUGUCAAAAAGAGAACUGAAAGCCCAGGAAGAAGAAAUACACCCACAGAAGGGCAGACAGGAAGUUUGACCAAAGCCACGGCCUCUGUGGAACCAAGUGAUACCGUGGUGGAGGACGGUACAGCAGAUGUAGCCCAGAUGUUGGGCAUGAUGGAUCCCUGGUACGAACGCAAUGUCCUCAGUCUGCUCAGCUUGUCGUCCGAUGUUCUCUGUGAGGCUGCUUCCAAGGAUGAUGACGACUCAACAAGUGCAAACAGUGUGGACCGUCUUCCGCUGCUGGCUGACUUGGUGCUUUAUUACACCAGACAUGCGGACCAGCCGGUUCUGGUGCAGCUCUACCAGGCCGAGCUGACUCUGGCUGGAGGAGAGAGGAGAAGGGAAGUGUUUAUUCAUUCUCUGGAGCUCGGACACACAGCUGGAACCAGAGCGGUCAGGGCCAUGGGUUCUGCCAGCAAAAGGUUUGGGAUUGAUGAAGUACGGGAGGCUGUCCCUUUAACACUCAGUGUUGCCUACAACAAGGUGGUUGUCAGUGGGAGGAGUCAGUGGAUCCAGGCAGACAUGGUGUGCACAUCCAUUAAUCUUUACAAAACCUGCAGGGAACUUGAGCAACUUGAUUCGAAAGAGAGUGUGCAGCUGGUAAUGACAGAGGUCCUGAAGAGGCAGGGCUCUAAGUCUAAGAAGGGCUACAACCAGCACAUAUCGAUAUCAGAGGUGAAGGUGGACAAGGUUCAGGUCAUUGGUGGAAAUGAUGGAACAACUUUUGCUGUUUGUCUGGACCAAGAUGAAAAGAAGUUCAUCCAAAGUGUGACCAGGUGUGAGGUGUCUCUGUGCUGUAAACCAGGAGGUGAUUCAGACUGGAGGUCCUACAAACCGUUACCGGGCCAAAUCCAGCCUCUGCACCCGACCUACUGCUCUCUGCUCUGCCUGCCCAUAUCCUGUUUCUCCACCUCACAUCCGUGACGCGCUUGAUACUGCGCUGCCUGAUGAUGCAGGAUGUAGAUAAUGCCUUGACCGUGAUUAUUUGAGAUAAAAGUAUAAAAAUAGGAUAUAUGAAGGAUAUAUGAAGAGAGUUUAACAUUUAUUUAUUUUAGGUUUGCCUUGUUGUGAUGAUCAGUAGCAGAAACCUGACUACUUGAGUACUGUUGUGUUCAUUUUUGAUCCACGACAUGGUAGAAAUAGAUAUAUAAUAAAGUAGCUAUUUAUUUUCAUUUGAAACCAAUCAAAGCAUGUUAUUUUAGGGUAACAUUCUUGUUUUUUGUC